AUGGAACAAUUUGUAUUAAAAGUUGCUUUAUUCUUUUACAUAUUUAUUCAACCAACUUAUUUACAACUUCUUAUUAAUGUAAAGAACCAGGGUGGCGAUGUUAUGCAAGAGAACAUUACUGCUAAUGUGUCCGAAGACACAGUGACUCUUGAGUUCUUGCGAUUAGAUGGCGUUUACGUUUCUCAAUUAGUCGAUUUUACUAAUGAAGUUGAAGCAAUGAAAGUUGUGAUACCUGGGGAAGAGGAGCUUGGCCAGAGUGGUCAUCAGGUCCUAUGCUUUCUGACACAUGCAGCACAAGCUGAUUUUAUAGCUCCUGAUGCAAUGGCCAAACUUAGACAGAAAAAUCCAGGAACUGUGAGAGUAGCUGAAGAAGAUAAGGGUUGGCGUCAAACCACUGCAACAGCUUGGGCAGGCAGAGCUGUUCGUUUAUUAUCACCGGCAGCUGCAAGACAUUGUGGUCUAGCAUAUGAUAAAGUUUACUUACGAUCUGCAGACUUAACUAGAUGGGCACCUAGACCUGGUGUAGAACAAUCAUCAUAUGCAUCUGAGAUCACACCAUUCCCAGCACAUGUCCUUUCAUCAGAUUCAGCAGAUGGCACUCCUGUUGUGAGUGUGUGUAUGGCGGAGGAUGAUGGGUCUAAGGAAUGCAUCUGUCAUUUAGAGGUAUGUGUCAACUGGUACCCAUGUGGAUUGAAGUACUGCAAAGGAAAACCUCAAGGUGGUCUUAGUUACAGAUGUGGUAUUAAAACAUGCCACCGCUGCUAUCGCUACCAUUUCUAUGUUCGUAGACGUGACACUUGCCUUUAUAUG